UAACUUGGUAGCUCUAUGAAUAUCUACAAUCCCACGACUCUAUCUUGUCAACCUAGUUUUAAUAUCUUAAUGUUGAUUAGUUUCAUGGUAUUAUAUCAGAACACAUCAAUCCUCAUGUGGGUCUCCAGGCUCCAGCUAAAUUUUGGUGACGAUGGAGUUCAUUGACGUGUCUUCGACGACUUCCCAUAGAGAACCGCCCGAGCCUGAAGACCUUUUGGAAGAAUGUUGGUUCUUUGGCAACUUGUUCGUGGAUAGUAAAUCAAAGAUGUCGAACUCCUCUGCUGAUCUUGGUCCUUCAUCGAAUUGCAAUACUCAGGGAGAGAUGUCAGUUACCAGAAGUGAAGGAUCUCAGACGAAAGGAGAUGACUUUGAUCUUCGGAAGCUUGCAAGAGCACCAUCUCUGCCAAGCUACAUGGAACCAAAGGUAGACAUGUUUGAUCAAGGAAAAGAUGGUUCCAGAGGAAGUAACUCAAGACCCCAAAAUAAUUUGACUCGAGAACAAUCAUUACCAGCUUGUUUCGGAAGGCAAGAAGAAGAUGAAGAUGAAGAUGAAGAGAGUGAAUUUAUGUUGGGCAGAUUGAUUAGGCAAGCCUCUGUUAAGUCUUCCCAUGUCUUGCCUCCAAGACAUGACUCAAAGAGCUUAUCAAAAAAUUCUCCAAGAAAGACAACAGAUGAGGUCGAAAGCAACAAUACGGGUAUAAGAGGUCGAUAUGUCAGUGACGGAACCAAGAUAAGAAGAAGCAGAAGUGAUAUUCCUAGGAAAGAAUUAAGAAGUUUUAAGACCUUGGCCUCUGUUGAAGAAGAAUGCAGAGACGAAACUAAAGAAAAAAUGACAAACAAGUAUUCUCCUAGGAUUCUGAACUGGGGCGAUAAUGAGAAGAGAUCAUCUCAAGAUAUGAAGUCAGAAAUCAAGUUCUGGGCUAGAGCUGUUGCAUCAAAUGUGGCUUCCCCAAGCCCUUUGAUAGUUAAUCGAAACUGAAUGUUCAUUAGUAUUUGAUCGAACAACUAGUAGAUAAAAUUUUCAGUUCAACUAUUGCAAAAUAAGUUGUAUUGGAUUCUUUGCAUAUUUAUGAUAAUAAUUGAAUAGUUGUGUUUUAUGAAA